AUGACUCUGGGAGAGAGAGAGAAAGAGAGAUCAGAGAGAGGAGGGAGCCGCCGGAACAAGCAUCUUGACUCAACCUCCUGUCUUCGCCGCCGUUGCCGCCCACCUCCAGUCGCCGUCACAUCCCAUCCCAGCCUCCCGUUCCCGCCGCCAUCGCCACCCACCUCCUGUCGCCGUCGCAUCCCGUCCCAGCCUUGCCGUCGCCAUCGCAUCUCACCUCCAUGUCACCUUCGUGUUCGACAAAAGUAUAGGUCGCUAGCGCGUCACCAAACGAGAUCUGCACAAAUCUCUACGAGAUCGCCGUCCUUUUCCACCGUCAGCUUCAUUCCCACCACUGCCGUUGUUUCAACACAAACAGAUAACCAUAAUGACACUGUGCUGAUGGAGUUAAUGAUGAACUCCAACCUCAGAAGAGUCCUCCACAUCAAAUCCUUCUACCAAAGAUACAUGAUGAAAUUGAAAAGCCACAUCAGGAUCGUUGAGUCUGAAAAGACAGAGACUUUGGAUCUAUUUUGUAGAUUUGUCGAUCAAAUUUAUAACUAUGUAAGCCUCAUAUAUCAAUGA